GAGCUUGGAUUUGAAGGACUCGACAAGGUGACAGACAAGUAUCACGACAAGGUGUACGACCACCUACCAGCGUGGAAGAGGAAACAGAUGAAGGAAGACCAACAAGACCAACAAGGCCAACAACGGUCCCAGCAAGGCCGACCAGACCAACAGCAGCGCUCGUCGCAGCAUCCCGACAAAGGGUAUUCGCGCCCUCGCUCUGCACCCUCCAGAGACGAGAACCGCUACGAAGACGAUGCAGAGAUGUACGCCCCAGACCGCAGACAAGAGCGCGACUAUCGCGACGCAAACGACGAGCGCUCCUACUAUAACGGGCCCAAUCCAGGCGCAGUAGUGCCUCGCGAUCGCGACGAACCCAACAAAGCACGCGGCUUUGAACCAUACCAGGAAUCCCCUCAGCGAGGCUACGAUCAGGGCCGCGCACGCCCCACGCACCAACGACGAGGCUCAUCGUGGUCGCCGCCUCGCUCCAAUAAACACGAGCGCGACUCACACAAGCCGCGCGCGCGCUCCAGGUCAAAAGAUAAGCAACAUCGCAUUAUAGCGACUGUCGGCGGGGCACUAGUUGGUGGAUUUGCGGGCAACCAGGCUCUCAAAGGCAAGAAGUUUGAUACUGUUGCGACGAUUGUGGGGGCGAUUGUAGGUGGUGUUGGUGCGAGAGAGGCUUCAGAGCUCUGGGACGAUAGGAGGAGGAAGCGAGACGGGAAGGAGGAAGAAUGGGAGGGUGAAUUUGGGGAUGAUCGAGGGGGUGAUAGAGGUGAUCGUAAGAAGGACGAUAGAGAUGGUCGCGACGAUCGAAGGAGAGAUGACAGAGAUGGCCGCGACGACCGUAGGAGAGAUGACAGAGAUGGUCGCGACGAUCGCAGGAGAGAGGAUAGAGACGACCGCGGCGACCGAAGGAGAUACUGA